AUGGCAGAAUCACAAAUCCAAGACGAAUUAAAAGACAUCUGCAAUACAUACAUUAAAUUGACAUCAUUCCUCAUCGAAUUAGGCUAUGAAGUCUUUGCUGAUAGAAUGGAUAGUAUGGAUCAAAUUCAAUGCUUAGAGACAACAUUGCGUGUCCUUGAAAUUAUGAACGAUUUUCAUCAAGAAGCACAAAGCUCAAACAUCAAUAAAACGACUGUGAUUGAUGGUGGAUUAGGAAGAUCCGGAUACACAAGGCAACAAGGAGGUCAAGAGAAAGUCAUCGCACAAAUCAACAGUGAAAAAUUGAAGGAUUUGAUUAAAGAGUCACUGGAAAGCAGCUUAAAAGAACGUUUGCCAUCAAAAAUUCCAAUUGGAAAUUUAAAUCAAUAUAAAGACAGCCUUGAUAUACUGAUGGAAGCUUUAGAAGAAGCUGAAGUUGACAGACUAGCUCGGAAAGCACUAAAAACUCCAAAAGUCAGCAAUGAAAGAAUCAAAAAAAUGGCUCAAAAGGCUGAAGCAUGGCGACAACAAAUGUACAGCGAUUCAGCAAAAGCUAAGAAAUGGAAAACAGCACCGAAGAAGCAAAUUGACUAUUUUUAUGACGACGCUGCCCCUUCGACAUCUGCAACACAUAACACGUCAAUAAAUGUUGAAAAUUUAAAUCUUGAAAUUUGA